AUGGGGGAUGCUGAGGAAACUCAAUUGAACGGCUUCGAAGAGAGCAUUGACGCAAAUCAAAAAGGAGAUGUCAACGAGCGCCGUAUGGAGCAUUUCCGUCAGCCCUGUAAUGACUGGGUUGUCGACACCGUGGUCGAGGACGUGGAAGCAGUCGAGGGCGACGCGGAUGACGAUUUGAGCUAG